GGCGCUGCUGUCAUGGCGGCGCGGCAGCUGUUGAGGGCGGCCCCGGGCCGCGGGCGGCGCGGCUACGGCAGCGCGGGCGCUGCCGAGUUCCUGCACCGCAGCAUCGUGCCCACCAUGCACUACCAGAAGAGCCUGCCCAGACUGCCUGUUCCCAAACUGGAAGAUACAAUUAUGAGAUACCUGAAUGCCCAGAAACCGCUUUUAAAUGAUGACCAAUUCAGGAAAACUGAAGAACUCGCUCGUGCCUUUGAAAAGGGAAUUGGAAGAGAGCUACAUGAGCAACUGGUUGCUCAGGACAAUCAGAACAAGCAUACUAGUUACAUCACAGGUCCCUGGUUUGACAUGUACCUAAAAGCACGUGAGCCUGUUGUUUUGAAUUUUAAUGCAUUUAUGUCUUUUAAUCCCGAUCCCAAACCGGAAUACAACGAUCAGCUCACACGAGCUACGAACAUGACUGUUUCUGCCAUACGCUUUAUGAAGACCUUCAGGGCUGGUUAUCUGGAACCAGAGGUUUUUCACCUCAAUCCAGAAAAAAGCGACACUGAGCUCUUUAAAAAAAUUAUCCGAUUUGUGCCUUCAUCAGUGUCUUGGUUUGGUGCCUACAUGGUCAAUGCUUACCCCCUGGAUAUGUCUCAGUACUUCAGGCUUUUCAAUUCCACACGGGUGCCUAAGCUCGAGAAAGAUGAGCUUUAUACAGACGAAAAGGCGAAGCAUUUACUAGUACUGAGAAAUGGAAGUUUUUAUGUGUUUGACGUUCUUGAUAGAGAUGGAAACAUGCUGAAACCCUCAGAAAUACAAGCACACUUGAAAUACAUCCUUAGUGACACCAGUCCGGCCCCAGCCUUCCCUCUUGGCUACCUCUCCAGUGAAAACAGAGACACGUGGGCAUCGCUGAGAAAGAACCUACUGGAUAAUGGGAAUGAAGAAGCUCUUCAAAAAGUAGACUCUGCUUUGUUUUGUUUAAGUUUAGAUGAUUUUCCCAUUAAAGACUUUGUGCACUUGUCCCACACUAUGUUGCACGGGGAUGGGGCUAACCGCUGGUAUGAUAAGUCCUUUAAUCUCAUCAUAACCAAGGAUGGCACCGCAGGAAUCAAUUUUGAACAUUCCUGGGGAGAUGGUGUGGCUGUGCUCAGGUUCCAGAAUGAGGUUUUUAAAGACAGCACCAAGUCACCAGCUAUCAGCCCCCAGUCCCAGCCUGCCUCAGUAGACUCCUCUAAAGCAGUGCAGAAACUUGACUUUAAGCUGAACGAUGCCUUAAAAGCUGGGAUUACCAAAGCCAAACAGAAAUUCGAUACCACUGUGGAAUCGCUGUCUGUUAACAUGAUUCAGUUCCAGGAAGGGGGCAAGGAGCUUCUAAAGCAGAAGAAGGUGAGCCCAGAUGCUGUGGCUCAGCUGGCCUUCCAGAUGGCUUUCCUUCGCCAGUACAAUCAGACUGUGGCUACGUACGAGUCGUGCAGCACUGCAGCGUUCAAACACGGCCGCACAGAGACCAUCCGGCCUGCCUCUGUCCAUACCAAGAAAUGCUCGGAAGCUUUUGUCAAGGAACUGUCCAAACACAGCACAGAAGAGCUGCACAAGUUGAUAGUGGAGUGCUCCAAGUACCACGGCCGCUUGACAAAAGAAGCUGCUAUGGGGCAGGGAUUUGACCGCCAUCUCUUUGGGCUGCGCUACUUGGCCUUAUCCAAAGGGCUGGCUCUGCCUGAUUUCUAUCAAGACCCGGCCUAUGCUCGGCUCAAUCACAACAUCAUCUCCACGAGCACCUUGGUCAGCCCAGCUGUGCAGCUGGGAGGGUUUGGCCCCGUGGUGUCCGAUGGCUUUGGAUUAGGAUAUCAGGUACAUGACGACUGGAUAGGUUGUAAUGUUUCCUCUUACCCAACUAGGAAUGGUGAAGAAUUCCUUCGGUGUAUAUACAAGUCACUAGAAGAUAUCUUUAAUGUUUUAAAGGGCAAGAAGAUUGGUGGUUAGACAUAGAGACAUUAGAAGACUUUACAAUUGCAUUACAAAAUGCAGACUGUGUCUAACUGACCUACUAAUCAGUGUUCAGCAUGGCUGAGACUGCCCAGCUUAAUUGGCUUCAUGUAUCUUCACUGGAAUACUUUUAGAUUCACUAUGAAAUUUGUAUCUCUUUUAAAGAAAUCAGUUACAGACCUUGAGCGUAUACUUCAGCAAAUACAAGCACUCACAAUGUGAAGUUAAGUAACACUUCCAUCUGUUCCAACCCAUCCAUGUGUUCUUAAAACACAUCAUCUGAAAUAAACGGUUUAUGAACUUGGAACAUCUGUGUUCCAUGAGUGUUCAGACACUCAAAUCAAUACUGUGAUACUUCUCUUAAACUGCUAAGAUUUAAAAAAAAACCAUGCAAUAAUUUUAAACAUGAAAGAAUAGUUCCAUUUGCACUUGCAGUAAGCUUUCUCACUAACUGCUCACACUUACUUUUCUCUUUAAACUUGAAUUUUUAUCAGAACUGAUAGUGCCUCAACUGCUUGAAGCCUUUCCACUCUUAACUUCCAGAGAAACAAAAAAAUGAAGUGGAAGGCCUUAAGUGAUAUGCAAUCAUCAAAUGGGUUGUUAAACUGACUGGAAAAGACUGUAUUUUAAUAAAGCUGUCUAUUAAUAACCACAGAGCUCUUUAUUGCCAUAUGUAAUUCAUACAGCAUGGGUAGUCAUGAUUAUUAUCCAUAGCUCACGAUUCUUAUAGAAGUUGGAAAGAAUACUGCUGAAAGCAUUCUGCACUUACAGGGUAUGUAUAACUUGAACUCCUGCCUUUUAAACCCUCUUGACUUCCACUCUUUUCCUUCUGGAAGUAUGUAUCUUUCUCUAGAGCUGAGCAGAACUUGUUUUUGUGAUCUUUGUAAAACUAAUGCAGCUCAUGUCUUUCAGCACAGCCCCCUGUCCUGGACAACCAAAUCCGUUAGCAGAACAGAGAAGUCUGAGCACACCUGAUGAGACAGAUCAGGUUCAGAGGCUCAGAAACCUACUUGCCUUUUCUCUUCCUUUGGCUUUCUCAGCUUCCAGGCUCUCCCAGUGUCUUUUUUCUUUAUCACAGUGAGUGUAAGCAGUACCAUAUCUUGGAAGUAUGAACUGCAAGUGCUGGAAGGGGAGAGGCAUGCUUUUAAUAGGUAAGCCUGAAGGCUUAUGAACUUUUUAUAGUCAGGGCUGUUUGCACCUUGUAAUUUGCUGUUCUAGUUUUCACCUGAAAAGCCUUAUUUUAAAACCCUCUUAAAAAUUUAGCAUGAUUGUUCAUGCUCAUUUAAUCAAAGAAAGGAAGGUGAUCGUUUGGAAACACGAAGGAAAUUAUGUAUCAGGACACAAUAAUCAGACCAAAAGUCUGAAUAAAGUUUACUAAAAAGUG